AUGUCGACUUCUCAAAAGCACGACAACUUCGUUGGGAAACCCAUGGGUAACAAGGACGUUACGGAGCUGGCGGGGAUCGGGCCCGUCCUCAGGGCGAACCUGAGCAACAAGGGGUACGACAAGGCGUACCUGGUUCUAGGCCAGUUCCUGGUCUUCUACAAGAACAAGGAGCUGUUCAAGGUCUGGCUCCACGUGACCUGCGGCGCCAACGCCGAGCAGCAGCAGGACUGCUUCGAAUGCAUCAACCAGUGGUGCACCCAACAUCUUUAG